UUGGAUUAUUAGCGUAAAUGAGUUAGUUGAUGAUUUCAGGAGUAAUGAAUGCAAAAAGUCACAAGUUUGAUAUAAACGUAGACGAAUCCAGCUGUGAAGAACUUUUAUCUGCCUUGAUGCACACCUUGUUCUUUCACAGAAGCACUGGUCGUUUUCGCUACUCCGGAGAGAACAAUUACUCGAUUGGGUCCGUUGGAUUUAUUGACGUCGACUGCAAAGUUCUCGACCUAACAUACGUCAAAUCCGAUUGCGCUGAAUUGCAUGCUAAACUUCACAGAGAAAUUGUCAAUUUUCAUCAGCAAUUAAUGAAGCCUGUGAACCGUGAUUCAGGAGGACAACUGCACCUCGAAUUUUUCGAAAAGAGAAGACCAAGGUGGCCUUUGAGAAUGGAGGAGAAUAUUCCAUGGGAGAUUUGGACAUUCCAACUCAAGAUGGUGGACUUCUAUGACAAAGAACAAUUCCUCCAGCAGCUGAGCUCUACUAUCAUCGAAAAAAUCCUGUUAAUAUCCGAGGCCAUUACUUCCACCGAAUAUGUUCCAAAAAUCCCAGUCUUGUCAGAUUUAAACUUAAUUUUUGACACCAGCUUCACAAACUUACAGCCCUACUUGCAUAGAAUAUACAGUACUUUUAACGACGAGACUUCCAAACCUGUUCGACAAGUUAUGUCGCGUAUGUUCUCAGAUACUUAUUUUCCGGUUUGACACGGACCAAAACAGUUGCCCUUUUUUGAACUGCUCUCACGGUUUUCUUUCAGUUGAAUAGUUUUAAAUUAAAAUUUAGAAAUCAUAGAUAGCUUUGAGGUGUCCAAAAGUAGUGACAGGUGAAUUUUUGUUACCUUGCACGUAGAAAAAGCUCUCAGGGAUGUGUUAUUUUAUUUCUAGAUCAAAUUUUGACUUUUCUUAUUCCUAAUAAUAAAGGUCCUCCCAAAUUAGUUGAUGGGCUCUGUGUAUAUCCAUUAGUUGAUUGGAACGGACCUGUAACACAACCUAGAAAGUAGCAGAAAUAAAUUUUUGGUGCUAACUUUAUAAUUUCUUGUUUGUUCAUUUUGGUCAGUUUGUAAUAGAUGUUCUCCAAUUUUGAUAAGUGAAUUUCAGUUUUUUACUUUUCUCCCUUAAAUUGUUCACUGCGAUUCGAUUUGUGCUAAAUUUCUUAAAGUAGUUUGUUUUAGCUUUAGGGUUAGAUAAUUGAACGCGCAGGAGGUUACUAUAGUUAUUGUUGCUAUUAUCAUUCUCUAAUCUAGUCAGUUCGAUUAAAUGCAUUUAUUGAAAUUAGUUAGUAUUACCAUAAUCAAUUAAAUCAUUUCUAAAUCUA